AUGAACGCACCAGCAUCCUUCGAAUCCUUCCUUUUACCGGAGGGGGAAAAAAAAGUCUUUUUAGAAAAAGAUACUCAUGUGCCCAACGCUGCCAUCAUUACUCUUAACCGCGAAGACCAUACUCUUGGAAACAUGCUUAUGCGUCAAUUGUUAAAAGACCCACGAGUUCUGUUUGCGGGUUAUAAAGUUCCCCAUCCACUUGAACAUAGAAUUGUACUUCGUGUACAAACAACCCCUUCGAUUACACCACUGGAGGUCUUCUCGUCCGCAAUUAAGGAUUUGAUUAGUGAGAUAUCAAACAUCGAGGAACAGUUUCGGAGUUUUGUCGAGUUUCGCGGAGACGGAAAACGUUGGCCAAAGUUGGUUAGCAAAAUGUGUAAUAUUUGUGCACAGCUGGAUUCAAACCGAGAUGAUCAACCGGUAGGUGACUGUGGUAAGACGAUACAACCGGUUCGGUGUCGAAUUGUUACAGAAUUGGCUUGCAGUACAUGCUAA